AUGAUCGAAGACGACUUCUACCGCACCUCCUCCCAAUACCGCCUGUGGUCCUUCACCGAGGCCUCUCUCAAAGCCCAGCGAGCGACCACCAACGCAGUGGCCAGCGACCGUGUGCGCGCCGCGAUCCGCCGCGCCCAAGAAGCCCGGCGCUCCGCCACGUCGUCCGCGACAGGCACGCCCGUUCCGGAAGUCGAUGGCGGCGGCGGCGGCAGCACCAGCACCAGCACCAGCAAAGCAGAGGAGAAGCCGAUCGAAUGCCUUACGCCGGAGGAAGAGCAGCAAACGGUCAGCUACUACUGCGAACAGAUCAUCCAGCUCGGGGAAGCGUACAAACCACCUCUUCCGACGAUAGUCCGAGCAACAGCAAUCCAAUACCUCCGUCGCUUCUACCUAACCAACAGCCCGAUGACCUACCACCCGAAACAAAUCAUGCCCUGCGCGCUCUUCCUCGCCACCAAAACCGACAACUACUACAUGUCCCUCCGCCAAUUCGCCGACGGCGUCCCCGGCGACACGACCGCGGACGACAUCAUCGCACCGGAGUUCCUGGUCAUGCAAAGCCUGCGCUUCACGUUCGACGUCCGUCACCCGUUCCGCGGCCUCGAGGGCGGCAUCCUGGAGCUCCAAGCCAUCGCCGCGGGCCAGGGCCAGCCGGCGCCUCAUGCGCCCCCCACGCAGAAUACCCCGGAGUUACUGCGACGGAAUCUCUUUGCCUUGCCUCCCCCAACAACAACAACAACAACCUCAACAAACCCACAGACAACCACCAGUAGCAGCAGCAGCACCACGAGCACGAGCACGAGCACAAUAACCAGCAGUACUCCGGCAACAGCAGCGCAAAUCAAAGACCGUAUAGCCCGCGCCCACCAUAAUACUCGCGAACUCCUCAAAUCCGCCGCCCAGAUCACCGAUGUGUAUUUCCUCUACACGCCUGCGCAGAUCUGGUUGGCCGCGUUGAUGGUGGCGGAUCCGCCGCUGGGAGAGUUUUAUCUUGACACAAAACUUGGUACCCCCCCCACCACCACCACCACCACCAACGAUCAGACGAGUGGACAACUGGCCGCCCUCCGCGCAAAACUCACCCAGACUCUAACCGCCUGCGCCACUAUGCUCCGAUCCUACCACCCCCUCGCCUCCGAUCCAGAGCAGAUGAAGACCCUGCGUCGAAUCAUUGGGAAGAAGCUCUAUCACUGCCAGAAUCCGGAGAAGGUGAAUUUGUCCCGUCCAGGUGGUGGUGGUGGUGCAGCAGGCGCGAAGAGGAUUCCGGCUGCUGCUGCUGCUGUUGCGGCUGCUGCGGCCGCCGGUAGCGGUGCUGGGGAGUCCGGGACGUCGGAGAGUGAGAUGGAAAGGUUGGCGAAGAAACGGAAGUUGGAACAAGGGGCGGCCCGGAGUAAGGACAUUUUUGGGGGCGAGUUAGUGAUGCAGAGGACUAAAGGGGAUCAUCAUUGAUGGGUAAGAUCUAGACGGUAUGAUAGCAGGGAGGGGUUGAGUUGAG